AUGUUCUCCCGCCAUGACUCUCAACCCCGUCAGACCUUGAUCACCGCUUUCGUCGCCUGGAAGGCCCUCCUACUGGCCAUCGCCCUCGGCAGCGCCGCGGCGCCAUCUUACGAUACUUCGACGACCUUGAUGCUCCAGCGCAAUGAGUCCGACGUCUCCCUCGUCACCCGCCUGACGCGCUGGGACGCUCUCUACUUCACUCAAUCCGCCAGACGCGGCUACGUGUUCGAACAGGAGUGGGCUUUCAACGCUGGUCUGCCACUCGUCGUCUCGGGCCUGAUCCGGGUCGCGCGCCUGCUUGGCUUCGAGGGCGAUGAAACCGGCGCGUCGGAAGCUGCCUUCAGCAUCGUGAUCGCUCACGUAGCUCAUCUAUUCGCCGCUCUCAUACUGUACGAGCUAACUAUCAAGCUCUUUACUCGACCUCGAUUGGCAUUCCUGUCCGCCUUGCUCCACAUCUUGUCUCCGGCUGGCCUAUUCCUUUCGGCACCCUACGCAGAGAGUCUUUGCGCCUUCUUCUCUUUCGCCGGCUACUACGUGCUCGCAUCCGCGUCGACCUCCACUAAGGGGUCGUUUCCAUGGGUCACAGCUCAGAUCUUGGCCGGCGCCAUCUUUGGUCUCGCGACGGCCUCUCGGUCAAACGGCCUCCUGAACGGCCUCCCCUUCGCCGUCGAGUGUCUAAUGAUCCUGCCCCCGCUGCUGGCCAGCCCUAUGAGCCUGAAAAAUAUUGCGGCUCUGUUUGGUUCUGUCACAGGCGGGCUCCUCGUGGCAACGGGGUCCGUUGUACCACAAGCGCUUGCUUGGCUGCGAUACUGUUCCGGCGCAUCCGAGGCGCGCGCAUGGUGUGAGCGGACCGUGCCCAGCAUCUAUUCCUUUGUACAGGAACAUUACUGCCCUACACUAGCCAUGGGUCUGGUCAUGGUUGAGUCACCCCUCCCCCCUCUGUCUGCUUCCCUCCCUCGGGCCCCGUCAAGUGCUUUGGGUCGGGGCGUUGGCUUGUUCCGUUAUUGGACGCUAUCGAACGUUCCUCUGUUCGUUCUUGCCGCGCCGGUGCUGGGACUCCUCAUGGUGUCCGGGUGGGAAGUCAUCAACAGGCCUUCGGGGUUGGCGCGGAGUCCGACGGCGGAGAAGCAGCGACAAGGGCAGAGUGGCACGAAGUCGGUUUUAGUAGGUUCCAUGGCCGCUGCCCAACUUCUGCUUGCCGCCUUGGCGAUCACGACGUACCAUGUCCAGAUCAUCACUAGGAUUGCGUCUGGGUAUGCGGUGUGGUACUGGUGGGUUGCCGGUUGUCUGCUGGACCACGGCGCCAACGGCAAGAGACGGGACGUUGGCGGCAAAGUUGUCAUAUUUUCCGUAAUGUACGCCAUGAUUCAGGGUGUGUUGUUUGCGUCGUUUCUACCGCCUGCUUGA